AUGAAUAAAUCAUCUCAAGACGAAUUGUCUGACAGUACUGAUGUCGAAACUCUCCCAGAAAAGAAGUGCUAUAAGAUAGGCUACUUGCUAAACCCUGACCCAGUCUUUUUCAGCGAAUUAGAUUUAAAGCUUAUCGAAGAAUUAAAGGAACUUGGCGCAGAUGUUGUAGAGCUAAACUUCGAAGACAUCUACUUUAAAUUCUCAAGUGAAAAAAUUGAACUAUAUUUCAAGAGUAAACCACUUCAAUUAGAUGGCUUUAUGAGCUAUGGUUAUAUGAGUCCUGAACAUAUGGCAGAUUACAUAGAAUUAGUUAAGAUAUUUGAAAAGAUGGGUAUCGUCUGUCUUUAUAAUCAUAAGGAAAUAGAGGUAUUUUCUAACAAACUCCAACAAGCUAUGCAUUUUGCUUAAGCUUAAGUACCCAUUCCUAAUACAUUCAAUGCUUACUCAGUCAAAUCUACCAAGGAUUAUUACUAUACUUAGCUAGGAUAAAAGGCAGUCGUUAAAUAGUAAUGUGAUUUUGGUGGUGAUGGUGUUACUUUAAGCAAGCACCCCGAUGAAGGUAUUACUUAAUUCUCUAAGCUUAAAUGGAUCAACUAGAAGUCAAUUACUCAGGAGUUAAUACCUGAUGUUGCAGGCUAAUCUGUGAGAGUUUUAUUUAUACAAGGAAAACCUUUUGCAUGUGCUUAAUAUAAUGAUACUUCUGGUGAUUUCAGAUCAAAUGUUUCCGUUGCAGAAUUCUCCUUGCCUUCUCUUAUGAAUCACCCUAGAGUAAAGUAAUACUAUGAAUUAGCUAAAAAAGCAGUCCACAGUGUUUCUUCAGAUAUCUUAAUUGCUGGUGUCGAUUUGGUUGAUUCUCCUACCAAAGGCAUCCUUGUCAUAGAAGUCAAUAUCUGGCCUGAUAUGUAUGACAUCCAGGAUUCUACUAAAAAGCCUGUCAUCAAAAGUUUGGUUAGUUCUUUUUAUGAAAGAGUUCAAAACAGCGUUAACAGCGCUUCUUAACUAUCCCCAAAUAUUCUACCUAAGUGGAUUUGCUUACAAAACGAUGUUCCCCUACUUAAUUAGAAGUAACAAAUGAUCGAACAAAAGAUUUGA